AUGCUUAAAGCGGAUCCUGGGAUCGAGACUGCCCUCAGUACGGUCGGUGCCGUCUGUUGGACAGUGCAAAUUAUACCCCAAGUCAUCAAGUCGUAUCGCACCAAAUCUACCCUUGGUCUAUCGGCUGGACUGAUGGCCGUCUGGGCACUCGCUUCAUACCCCUUUUCAGCCUACCUCGUCUCUCAGCGACUCCCUAUUCCACUUCAAGUCCAGCCUCAUGCCUUUGGAUUCCUCUGUGGUAUCUCGUGGAUGCAAUGCCUGUACUACGGAUAUGGGUACUCCAAGCUGAAAGCAUCUCUUUCUUUUCUCUUAUUUUUGGUCGUCUGGGCCGGGUUCGAAACGGGAUCAGUGUAUGGCUUAUGGGCAGCAGAAAGGCAUCACAUUGACGCUCCGUCCAAAGUAUACGGAUACGUCAGCGCAGUUAUGAUUGCAGGUGCACUCGCUCCACAAUACAUUGAAAUCUAUCGACUCAAACAAGUCAUUGGCAUUUCGUUGACCUUUAUGACGAUUGAUAUCCUCGGCGGAGUCUUUUCAUUCCUCAGCUUGUUCUUCCGGGACAAAAUUGAUAUAGCCGCAUCUGUAUCUUAUGGUCUGGUGGUUGUUCUCGAUGGCAUCGUGGUGAUCCUUGCGUUCAUCUUGAAUCCCAUCGCCAAACGUAGAGAACAGCAAGCGGCAGAACAAGCGCAGGUGACUCUCAACAUGGACACGCCGACAACAACGACCACAUCCUCGGGCAAAGAGGCGACGGAAACAUCCCACGCUCACAGGACGGUCAGUCGCGAUUCGAUCAUUCAUGAGGCUCCACAGCAUUUCAAAUGGCCUGAAAACGACGGACGAUCGAGCACCGCGGUCCAGGAGAAGCAUGGAGAAGAACUUGUAUGA